GAACUCCGGUGUAAGACUAUUGCUCGUCGUGGACUUUGUCACAGCCACAACACCGUGAGUUUACGAUCAUUUCCCCUUAUAAUUAUGCAUAGCAGUAAGCUAUUUUAACUUUGUUUUUAUUUCAUUUAUUUAUGAUUUUGUUGUUUAAUGUAAUAAAGUAACUAUUUUAUUUCAAUUAAAACGUCAAGUGUUGUAAUUUAUAACUACAUACCUUUCUCACUACCAACUCAAAUUCAACCAAGAACCGUGCUACGUCGUUUAAAUAAUAAUUAGUACGUGGUCAGUGUCCUUCACAGCGAUCACUACAUCAUAUUUAAGAACAAUGUGGCUUGAAUACAUUUGGAUAGCAUUAACUGCUACAGUUGUAAUAACAAACAAAAGUGUAUCUCAUGCUCAGAGUCACAACGCUAGUGAGUCUAAAACAACGCGUCAUCUAGGAAAUGAUGUAGUUCAGAAACUACACGAUGAUACACUAAAUACAAAAAACAUCACACCAAUUAUAGAUAAUGAGAACAAAAUUAAUACCAAAACAUUGUUUGGAGAUAUUAUUGCGAAUAGUAUGAACAACUUUUUACCUUUUUCUAAUGCCAAUGAAAAUUGUACUAAAGAUGGUCGACAUUUCGUGAAUGAUUUAAAUAACCAAACACUAUGGGCUGUUAAAAUGUACACGUCUUCGUCUAAAUAUCCUGGAUCAAUUUUAUCCGGCGACGUCAACGAAUUGGGAUACUUUGACCAGUGCAUGCGCGUGUCAUCAAAACGUCUUGGGAUUAACGGAGCGUACGCCAUAGCCAACGUACGUUUCCACUUAGCUGCAGACGAAGAACCUCCCGGACCUCUUGACCAAUUCGACAUAAUCAAAGCGGAUCGGGAACGAUCGAAAAGGGAUCCGUUGGAAGUAGGACCGGAAAACCUAUUAUGGGGGUUGUGUUUUCCAGACUCGUGUACCAACGAAGACAUAAGAUUAUCCGUCGAUCGCGCGUUGGCGCCGGCUUUCCAGGCGCACAAUAUCAGCGUGAAAGUCGCAGUGUCUCCGUUGAUGUACACCUCUAAGAACACGACGUUAAAGUAUACCAAUGCAGUUUUGAUCAUCUAUGGAAUAUUUAUCGUGGGCUGUGCGUUGAUGAUCGCCGGGACGUUGUACGAUAUAUUUACAGAUCACUCGAAACCCGGAAAAUGUUCUUUUACCAGUAAGUGCUUAAAUUCGUUCUCGGUGAUAACAAAUAUGAGAAACUUAACGGAAGAUCCAAAAACCAAAGACUUUGCUGUAACCAAUGGGCUUAAAACUUUGGGAAUAAUCUCCGUAAUAAUCGGUCAUAGAGUAGCGCUAAACUUAGGAAUCCCAUCCUCUGAUCCAGAAUACUCGGAACACAUUUUUACCGAUUUUUGGUGGUCGUUCCUCAAGUCUCCGGUAGCAGUUGAGAUAUUUUUUGUAAUAAGUGGAUUUUUUACAUACGUCGUGAUCGAAGAGCGUUUAAGGAAUAGAAAACCAUUAAAGUUUAUAUUCUUAAUGAUUUACCGAAUAAUCAGAAUUUUCCCAAUGUAUAUUACUGUUAUUGCAAUAUUUGCAUUUAUUUUACCUUAUAUGGGUGAUGGCCCACUGUGGAAACUUAUUGUUUACCCCGAAGCCGAGUUUUGCCGGAAAAACUGGUGGACCAAUCUAUUGUUUAUAAACAACUAUGUACAUUCAAACGAAAUGUGUAUGGUACACGCGUGGUACUUGGCAUGUGACAUGCAUUUUUUCAUAGUUGGAAUUUUCUUGACCUAUAUUAUAUGGAGAUGGAAUAAAGCCGGUAUUGUUAUUUAUGGCAUUCUCUUUGCUAUAUCUAUUUAUAUACCUGCAAAAUCAAUUUAUGAUAAUAAACAAUGGGGAGUAAUGCCAUACUUCCAUGGUAAUAUUAAAAGUCUCAGGACAACUGAACAUUUCCAAAAAGUUUACAUAAAGAGUCAUUACAGGAUUACUACAUACCUCGUUGGUCUGGCAGCCGCUUUUAUAUACUUGCGUAUUAAACAAUCUAAAUUAAAAUUUUCAUUAGAAAGUAGAAUAAUAGGAUUUAUGACAUGCUUAUUGUUGCAUAUUGCCUGUUACAUUGUUACCGGCUACUUAUAUUUGCCAGGCCUUACGUACAAUCCAUGGAAUCACAUAAUAUACUUCACGUUCCAGAGAAUCGUAUAUUCGUUGACCAUAUCGUACUUACUUGUCGUCAGCUCUUUAUCUAAUUUUGGUUUUAUCAGCAGUUUUAUUGAGUGCAAACUUUUCACUGUCAUAUCAAGGUUAUCGUACGUUCUGUAUCUGACACAUUUUAUUGUUCAGUUGCAAAGUAUUGGUCAAAUCCGUCAACCACAAUAUGGAAACUUUUGGACAUUGUAUUGGGAAAUCAACGCCGAUUUAAUAACAGCUCUAUCGUACUCUAUAUUUUUUAAUCUAAUUGUGGAAGCACCGUGCAGGAAAAUAUUUAAGGAACUUAUGAAUGUAUUUCUUAAAGCCGAGAAAGAAUCGGAUUCGACUGAAUCAUAAUGUGGACAAUGGGAGUAACGUCCAAAUACCAAAUGUAGCUCCUUCGUAUUUAAGAUAAGCUCAAAAACAUUAAGCUAAAUGCCUCUUUAAUAUUAUACUGUAAAACCAUAGUGAAUAUUUAAAAUGUGUAAUAUAUUAUAAUGUAUCUAUUUUAUUUAUACAUAUUAGAUAUGAUGCUAGAAUAACAAGUCAGCGCGUGUUUGUUUUAAUGGAAAACAAAUAUACAAAUUAAUUUUAUUUAAUUAACAUUGAAGAUUUACAUUCGUUGAAUUAAUUUACUUCGCAAUAUUAUAGACCUUUUACUUUAUUGUAAUCAGAAAAAAAUCAAAUAAGUAGACAUUGUAUUGUACCGUGUAUUGUAGUACUAGCUAAUUCUUCACUGUGCAGUCAACUACAAGAAAUAUAAUUAUUACAAGUUAAAAUAUGUAUAUUAUAAAUUAUAUAAUUAUUUAAUAUUACAUUUUAUUUUUAUUUUUUGUUGCAAGUAAGUUAUUUAAGUCUCAAUACAUAAUACAGUGACAUAUUUGCAGGGAGAAUGAAUCCACUAUUCAUGACUUAUUUUACCAUAUUGUAUUUCAAAGAAAAUAACAAUAAUAUAAGUUCAUAUACAUGACAACUGUUAUAAUAUAGA